AUGACAAGCGGGGCUGCGUCUUGUGUUCUCCGACAGGGCGAGAGGGGUCCGCUCGGAGAGACGGGCUUCCCGGGGCCGGAGGGACCGCAAGGUGUUCCCGGAAGGCCUGGCAAAGAUGGGAUUCCUGGAUAUGAGGGUGCCACAGGUAGACCGGGGGAGCGAGGUUCUAAAGGAGAACGGGGCGACCCAGGCAUCCACGGAGCCACAGGAGUUCAGGGGGAGAGGGGACGGAUGGGGGACCCCGGGAUCAUCGGACCAAUGGGACCCUCGGGCCAGAGAGGAGACCCCGGACCCCCCGGUCAACUAAAUGAUGCCAGCUCCAUGGAGGAAAUUAAAAUGUUUAUCCGAAAUGAAGUGUUGCGGGUCUUUGAAGAAAAAUUAUCCAGCUAUACCACCCUGCAGAAGACCCCAGUCGGCCUGCUGGCAUCCCACGUAACUCAGGGCCCCCCCGGGCCCUCGGGCAAGGACGGUACCCCGGGCCCUUCAGGAGAACCAGGGCCCCCUGGCCCUCAAGGUUACAGAGGUCAGAAGGGCGAGCGGGGUCAGCUGGGUCUUGGCCUACCAGGAGAACCGGGGGCUACAGGCGCACCAGGCCCAGCGGGGGUCUCUUCUCCGGGCCUGCCUGGUACCCAGGGCCCCCACGGUCCCCCCGGGCGGUGUGAACCCGGGGACUGCCUCCCUCUGGCCUCCAGAAGCCGUCGUAACGGCUAAGCUGGUCGCCUGAAGACCGGGUCCCAAGUCCGGUCUGAGCAGAAGACCUAGAACGGGGUACACCCCCCCCCCCCCCCCCCCCAUGUGGGAGGCGGAGCCACGCCCCCAUAAUGACAUUUCACCGCGGCCGACGGCGGUUGCAAUUUUUGUUUGUGUUUUUGUUUUCCGUUCCUUGUGUGCGUGCGUGUGUGUUAACCCUUGCAGCAAUCGGAAAAUAUUUCUGAAUUUUUCAUUUGAUAUGCUGUCUUUUUUUAAUGUUUUUAUUUUUUAUUUUCACAACCUCUGCUGCGAUCUAUAAUGCAUUCCAUGUCGAUUAUCUCCGUGUCUCUUAACGCCCGUGAAACACGAUUAGUUUUCUCCAUCAUGUUUUCUUCUGGCAUUGCUAUGCAUACAUCUGUCCAUCAAUCAACUCCAUUGUGUUUAUGUGUGUGUGUGUGUGUGUGUGUUUGUGUGUGUGUGUGUG